AUGUCUGCGAGCACGUGCGCAGUUGCCAACCAUGUCAGCAACGCAAGGCGCACCGACGUAUUCACGCGAUGGUCAGAGGUGUUCGCCGUGUCCAACGCGCUCAUGGGAAUGAUAGUGGCCCUCCUGGACAGCGAGGUGUUCCCCCGUUACGGGUACCCAAAGAUAUUACUCACAGACAACGGUACCCAGUUCACAGGGAGACGUUGGGCGGCAGACUGCCGAUGCUGGGGAGUUGAGCGUCACACUACCCUGACGUACCACCCGAGGGCGAACCCGAUGGAGCGACGCAACCAGGACAUCAAUGUUCAGUUGCAUCUCCGCCUGGGGGAUGAUCACUCGAAAUGGGACGUACACCUGCCCAAAUUGCUCUACUGCAUGCGCCGGCGAGUCAACGCCAUUACCGGCCAUUCCCCCGUGGAACUUCUCCACGGUCAAUACCUCGCCCUACCGGGCGAGCUGCAGGUCGCCGAGGCAUCAGGGGCAGUCACAUGCCCACCAGCCAUUGACCUAAGGGAAGAAGCACGACGGUACCAGGCCCAGUUCCUGGCCACCCGAACCCUGCAGUCAGCCACUCCCCCAACACCACUGGAGCCAGGGCAGAUGGUCUAUGCCCGGUGUCACCACCUGUCGUCUGGCGGGAAGAACUACUGCGCGGGGCUGAGCCCCAAGUGGGCGGCCCCCUGGGAGGUCUUGCGACGCCUAGGCCCCACCACAUACCUCAUCAGACUCGCAAAUGGUAGGGCCACAAAAAUCCACAGGGACGACCUGCAUCUCGUUUCCACCGCCGAGGAUCCCUCUGAGGGUGGGGAGUGUCCAGGGGCCCCCACCGCAAGCGCACCAGCAUCACGAGCCACGUCAAUAGUCGGCCAAUCACCCUACCACCAACCCACCACCAUGGACACCACAUCGCCGACAUCACCACUCCCAUCACCAGCUCCCCAUCCUACACCACCAGCCACGCCACCACCCACCACCUCACCCGCCGACAUGCAGGACGUGUGCCGGCCCACCAUCAUAGCUGACGUACCAUCACCGAUGUCACCGUUCGCAUCACCAGUCACAUAG